UUUCUAAGUUCUGUGAUGAGGGUGUGUGAGUGGACGAAGUGGCGGAGCAGCUGCCACGCGUACUGUGCGCUAAUGUGUCUGCCCUCUUCCUCUCCCACCCUGAGCAGCGUGCUCGACAGCGCAAGUCGCCUGGAUGAAGAGCACAAGCUGAUCGCCAGGUAUGCAGCAAGGCUGGCAGCAGAAACUUCUUCAUCACAGCAGCAGGCACAGCAGAGAGGGGCGGCAGACAUCUCCUUCACCAUCGAUGCAAACAAGCAGCAGAGGCAGCUGAUUGCAGAACUUGAGAAUAAAAACCGAGAAAUCCUGCAGGAGAUCCAGAGGCUGCGACUUGAGCAUGAGCAGGCAUCUCAGCCCACACCAGAGAAGGCACAACAAAAUCCCACCCUCCUGGCAGAGCUGCGGCUCCUCAGACAGCGGAAGGACGAGCUGGAACAGAGGAUGUCUGCUCUCCAAGAGAGCCGAAGAGAGCUUAUGGUUCAGUUAGAAGGCCUCAUGAAACUGCUGAAGGUAAGGAACUGCAUUUGAUACUAACAAGGAGGAAGGGCAGAGCCCUUUCCUUUGACAGAGAGGAGAGAGGAGAGACGAGUGCAGG